ACCACCCUAUUUCCGGUUUGAGGAUGGCGGCGGCGGGGCGCUCUUUGGUGCAAUACGUGGUGCUGAGGGGCGAUUUGCUUCGCGAGCCUUUCUCGUGGCCUUUGGGGGCCUCGGUGGCUCAGGCCUGCCACGCGGCUUUGGCCGUGGUCCACGCGUACUACGAGCAUCCAGACACCGCGGCUUAUCUAGCCCAGGAUGGCAGCAUGAGGACCGUGGUGCUGGAGGCUCCAGAUGAGUGUGCCUUGAGUACAUUAGCAGAGAGACUGCAACAGAAUGGCAUUGAUCAUAAAGUCUGGAUAGAACAACCAGAAAACAUAGCUACUUGCAUUGCCCUUCGUCCCUACCAGAAAGAACAUGUACAUAAGCAUCUAAAGAAUUUCAAACUCUUGAAAUGAUCCUUUCCUUCUGUAGCCAUGGACAUUUGACCAGAUAAAAGUAUACUUCCCUUGGUUUUUUUCACAGCCUCCCUUUGCAAUAUAGUAAUUGUGAGAUGCAAGAAUUUACUUCAAUCAGAGUAUUUCAUAAAGAUGUAAAAUAAUGGGAUUGAUACCAUUAGGAGGCAAGGUAUCUCAUGGUGUGGCAUAAGACAAUUUUCUCAAUUUAAGAGGAAACAUUGGGUGCCUUAAUAUUAUUAAAGAGGGGAUUCAGGAUAUUAACCUGCCCGAGUUGCUUUAUUGGUGAGAUGGAUGGUAUAUAAAUUUAAUAAAUAAGUCAUUGUUCUUGGGAUUUGAUUGCUUAUUCAGAUACAUUUACAUUAGGAAAUAAUAUUUGGGGUAGCAACAUAUUGUAGUUUCUUUUAUCUGCGCUAAUAAUACUAUAGUGGUAGUUCAAAGAUUCAGAAAGAACCCUUCUGAGCUUUUAGAAAGCUUUUGACAAAAUCUCACUAAAAACAUAAAAUUCAUGAAUAAAGAUGGGAUCUCUUAUGAACAGUGUUACCCGUGUUAGGAAAAUAACUUAAAUAAUCUGAGAUCUGCAUUUUUAAAUUUAUUUACAAAUAUGGAGUUAGGGUUGAGCAGUGAUAACAUCAGGAUGAUAGAAAUAAAAAGGAAUUUCAAAGCGCUCCAAAGUGACAUCUCUAUGUAUAGGGGAAUGUGAACAGAAUGUGAAGUAUGGUUCAAUUUAGCAAGGUAUAAUACUGUAAAAGUGUGCUAUGCACUGAAGGCGAACAAUGGGAUAUCCAGGAUAAGCAGAGGAAAAGAAUUCCUUUGCUUGAUAUAUAAUAAAAGUAUGGAAUUUUCUUUCACAAACUGAUGGUGAUGGUCUUCAACUCUCAAGUCUAAUUUUGAAAAGGAAUUAGGUAAACUCAUGGAGAAUCUAUAACACUGCAUGACAUAUUUGCUUGUAAUUUAAUCAUCUGAAAUCGAUUAAAUCAAUUUUGUAUAUUUGCAUCCAUAAAAUCCAUAAAACCAGAUCCAUAAAACCGGAUCUCUUCAUUCAACAUACUACAUUCAACAGAGAUCCAUAAAACGGGAUCUCUUCAUUCAACAUACGAGGCUAAAAUGUCAUUGGGUACCAUUCAUUAUUCAAUCUAUUAUAUAAAUGCAGCCAGUGGCCUCUGUUCGUAAGUUUUUUGCUGCUGCCUGUAUCAGUAGUGACAUAAUUUGUAAAUACCAGUUGCUGGGAAGCAAUAGGGAAAAAAAUCUUAUCUAAGUCUUUCUUGUAGACUUAGUCUUAACUUUGAUUGGUUAUUAUGGGAAGAAUGCUGGUGGAUUGGUAAAUUUGUAGUCUAAUAUUGCUCUUCUAGAUCAGAGGAGUUGUCUGUUUAAAUUAAUCUGGCUGGUAAUGGGUCCUUCUGGAUACUUGAACAGAAGACAGCUACCAUAUUGAAUUGUUCCCUUCAACAUGUAGGCUGAAUUUUUACAACUCAUUGAUUCAUAAUUUUGUGAAUUACAUUUUAGCCCAAAGUAUGGGAAGCAGGAGCAGGUAACUAAUUCUAUGUACUGUAAAGCAAAAAAAUAUUUCUGCAAAAACUUAAUGGUAUGUAAUUUAUUUAAGACAGUUAUUUUGAUUUUAUAUUGUAUAACCCAAGUGAAUGUAUUGAAUAAUGCACUGUAAAAGUUCCGUAUUGAAAUCACAAUCUGUGUGUGUUGAAAUAUUAGCCUCCUGGUGAAAAAUAUGGCUUUAUUAUCACUGUGGUUUGAGGCUUCUUUCACAGCCACUCAUUGGUUACUAGGAUUGGCUAAUCAAUGGCUGAAAAACAAUUAAGGAGAUAUAUGUGUAAACUUGGAUGAAUUAAACUGAAGUGAUAAUG